AUGUAUCAAAUUCACCUUAUCUAUCUUCUUGUUUGGGCAAGCCAGACAACCUUGUUUGUUCGCAGUAGCACGCCAGCUGUUAUACCCAGACUUCAGUCUAACCAUUCAUACAUGUUUGUGCCACUUAUUUCAGAUUCAAGUAUUCCCCCACGCGGGUACGUACCACUGAAUAGCCAGAAAGUAGAAGAAGGCACAACGUACUGCUUGAUUUCGCCUCAACCGAAAGAUCUUAACCUGAAACUAUCACAAUCUCCAGUUGCCGCCCCACGCGUCAAAAAACCACGACAUAAAACCUCCUCAAAGAUCGCACCCCUUCCCCCCACCAACCACCACGGCUCACCAACCACUCAGCCCCUCGGCAGUCAAGAGAGUCCAACUCUAAACGACCCGCAGGCAAUCCCAUUAUCCCGGCCAAAAGACGACCUUACUCCUCACGCUCCCACCCAUCAUUCUAAGCACCGACACCGCAACAAAGAUAAGCGCCCGAAAGAGCCAAACUCCAUCAGCCAACCAAGCAGCCAGCAUAGUAGUUUAUAUUCACUCGAAAUAGAAGAAGAACCUAGCCAAACAUCUGAACCGCACUUAAAUCAACCAAGAAAGCCAGAACGCCCCGACAGCUUCAAUGAGCCCUACCCUAUCGCUCCCAUGUCCACUUCAUCUUCUACAUCCACCCUGUCCAGCACCAACACCUCACAAUCACAGUCCUCCAAUACAACACUAGAGAUUCCCACCACUACCAAAGAUCCUGCCCCACCCAGCGAGCCAACUCCCACAGUUAAUCCUGACAUUCCGGCAAAGAUCAUAAAUACACCGCAAGCAACCCAAGUAAAAUCAAAACACCCAAGCAAAACCAAAUCAGGCGAUCACCACAGCGAAGGGGGCAUGGUCCAAGGUAUCAUUCACACUAUUAUAAGUAACUUUACAAGAAAUAACACAACCAACGAAUCACCAGCCCAAGCCCAGCAUCAAUCUCAAACCAACCAAGCCCAAGAAACAACUACACCGACUUCUAAACCAGUACCCAAAGAUUCCGAGCUUCUUCAGUCUGCCGCUAACUCUGAACUUCCCACCACCGAAGAAAUACCCGCUAUAAGACACGUCCCCAUCAAGAAAGACCGCACCAGCCUAAUCUCAAGCUUAAGCUUUAAAACCAACCGAACCCAUCCGGUCAAAGACCAAGAGUUCGUCAAUCCCUACGCCCCAGCAGAAAUAGAGUUCGUGGAAACCCUUUCGGGAGCUAUGACCACCAGAAUGGUUGUCCAUGUACUCAAUGAUGCCGAUCUCGAACAGCGCAAGCUCCAAACGCUCCGACGCAAACAAGACGACUUUAUAUCGUCGGGUCCUACGUGUGUGUAUGCCCAGAAUAAUGUCACAGUCCUUCAGGACCCUCCCCUUGAAGCGCUCAACCGAGAUUUGGACCGCAAUAGCAAACAGUUCCGGUUUGAUUCUGAGUACAUCCAGCGCAAGCUCAAUAGCACCAUUGCUUCUUUAAGAGACUGGCGGCGCCCUAUCUCCGACCCAAGCGAAGCCCAUAUUCCCGUCCAUUUCAACAGUAAAACCUGCAAUGACAUCAAGGAUGCCCAGACCCAAUACCGCCGUUUCUACGAAGGAGCUCUACAGUGCCUAGAAAGAUGUUAUGCCGCCACCCACCACAACCAUCUUACUCUACUAAUCACGUCACAACUCCGACAGGCCGAGCUCAUCAAUAUCUACAACCAGCCACGAAUCCUUGAAUGGCUUAUGCUUGAAAAUGACUGGGAAGGUCAAGCCGCCAAACUCAUUAACGACCGAGCACUGGAAAUCCAAAGAAAUGGCAAAGACGCCAAUUACUUAUCCGGGAUUGACCACCCGAACCGAAUGGAAGUCACUAGGUGUCUCCACCUUAUUGAAAGCUUCUUCCUUCUGAGCCACCAAACAACCACCUUCUCGCUCAAACUUCUCCACGACAUUCUCUAUAGUUUCAACGAUGCCUACACCCAGUCCGUCCACCAAACCGACUUUGUCAGCAUAGCCAAGCCAGCAAUUAUAGCACUCAUCCAAACUUACAUCUUCUCAAUGCAAACAGCCGUUUGUCCACUCAACCGCGUCUUCUUCCAAAGUCUGGUCUUCCUGCGCCGUAACAUCAUCUAUCUGCUCAAACGAACUAUUCUGCACGAGGAUGGCACGCCCGACCGCGUUGAAGGGGAUAAUGAUGACCGUUUUGAUAUCAAGGAUGACUAUCACGAGUUCCAGACUUCCUUCUCUACCGGCCGUCCGACCAGCAGCAAUCUAGCCGAUAUCCUAGAAGUCUCUCCCGAAACAAGCACCGACUCCAUGCCCGCCCCCAUCAAGUCAGCCCACUCUGUUAUAUCUAUUGUCAGCACCCAAACUCUUAUCUACGACCAAGCCGAUGACCAAACUACGCCCAAUCCGGUUAAACCACAACCUACCGAGCGUAUUCCCGCCCUCAGCAUCAAGACCGGCGCCUAUGGAACCCGAGUCCUGCGCAACUUACUACCCCGCAUAUUGCCCAAUUGCUGGGAAAAAGCUCUAGAUGUCCUUCUCGCCAGCGUGACUAGCUAUACCUACAACUACAUCUUUGAAGUUGCCGAUACAAUUAAACUCAUCAACCAACAGCACGACCACCACUACAACCUAACCAGCCUUCGUCUCAAAGCCGGGCCCGGUAUUCCCGUUAACAAUAGUAUCCUCGGUCUUAUUUCCAAUAUUGCCCACUGGCACGUCACCAACUGUGAAGGUGCCAGUGUCUACGCCAUUAUUCGUGAGAAUUUAGAGCAACAUCUGAAAACGGCACUCGCCGAGCACGGCCUCAGCUACCAGGUCUACCUAGACUACAUCCGCGAGAAACCAGCCGCCAAAAUCACUCUCCGGUACUACACCCCCCAGAUGUGCUGCUCCUACUUGAUGCAGUACCCAUUCCAUCUUAACUACCUUGCCACCUAUUAUAAUGUCGCAUACAUCUUCUACGUCAUGUCAUUCUACCAAGCCAUUGCCAGUGGCCAAGAAGAAGCCCACGCCCAGCAAAUCACCAACUACAACUACCUCACCAAGACCAAGUACCGCAGUAUCCUCUACGCUCUAGCCUACUACAAACUCUUCAAGUCCAAGCUCUCCUUCAAUUCACUACACAGCACGAUCUAUCCCUUCUCCAGCGAAGUUCAAAGUCCGAAUGGCCAAAACCUCAUUCACUUCUUCAAGACCGAUAACACUCUCUUCCCCAAGCCCAAGCUCACUGACUUCUACGUGAAUCCACUCAUGACCCUUAUCCCAGAUCUUAUUCAUGACAAGCCAACUAGGCCAUCGACACUAUUCCAAUAA